AUGGAAUUAUUGUUGGUUAUUAGAUGGAUGAUAUGGUGGUCGUCGUUGGCGAUAGUCUUAGAGUCGUCGACUUGCAUUUCUCACAAUUUCUCUGCAAUUUUUAUAUUUGGCGACUCGUUAGCCGAUGUGGGUAACAACAACUACAUCCGAACCAUAGCCAAGGCUAAUUUCAAGCCAAUCGGUAUUGAUUUUGGGAAGCCGACAGGACGAUUCACCAAUGGAAGAACUGUUGAUGACAUUUUAGGACAAUGGUUGGGUUUUAAAGAUUUUACUCCACCAUACCUGGCUCCGACCACCGUUGGUUCCGUCGUUCUGCGAGGCGUCAAUUACGCUUCUGGUGCUAGUGGAAUUCUAAAGGCAUCGGGAGCAAACUAUGUCGGCAGAAUCGCCAUGGAUGAACAACUCGACAACUUCAAACAGACUAGGGUCGAUAUAAUCUCAAGGAUCGGCGCUCCAGGUGCACACGAGCUGUUUGCUACCGCUCUUUUCGAAGUAUCAACGGGUUCAAACGAUUUCAUCAAUAAUUACCUUCUAACAGAUGUUUCUGAAAGCCCAGAAUCUCCGGAAACUUUCAUUGGAAUCUUGAUUUCAGCCUUUAGAAGGCAACUUACGAGACUUUAUGAUAUGGGUGGUCGAAAGAUCGUUGUUGCGAAUAUUCCCCCAAUCGGAUGUUGCCCGUAUGUAAGGGAUCAUUUAAAGUACCCAUCUUCUGGUGAAGGAUGUGUAGCUUUUCCAAAUCUCUUAGCUCGAAAAUACAAUCACCAGUUGAAACAAACACUCGUAGAACUUACUUCCUCACUCGAAGGAUCGACAUUUGUUUAUGCGGACGUGUAUCGGAUUCUUGAUGAUAUCAUUCAUAACUAUACAUCAUACGGUUUCAAAUUCGCGGAUCGUGGUUGUUGUAGCAUUCUCGGUCGUCAUGGUGGUCUUGUUCCAUGUUUGCCGUUCACUAGGGUUUGCCCAGAUAGAUCAAAGUACAUUUUCUGGGAUUGUUUUCAUUCUACUGAAGCUGCUAAUAUGAUCAUAGCAAAACGUUUUUUGGAUGGAGAUUCUAUGGAUAUUUCGCCAAUUAACAUACGAGAGCUUUCUGAAACUUGA